UUCAACUUCGAUUUCUUCAAAGACGAUUGGAGUCGGGAAUGGGAAACCGAGGACGUCUAGUAUGGGUGGGUUUAACUUCCCUCCUGGAAUGGGCACGACGCUGCAGGCAACGGGGACGAAGAGAUCUGCUGAAACAAUGAAGGAUACAACUCCGCUAGGGACAGGAGGAAGAUCAGGAACGGGACUAGGGGUCUCGUACGCAGCUGCCCAAGCGCGUUCUACGAGACAGCCAUUCGGUAUAUUAGACGUUUCGGAUGAAGGAAAUGUAAAGCGUGUUCGUCGAUAGUUACGUGGGUUGCAAGAAUUUCUUUUCUUUUCUUUUUUCCUUUGUUUCCUUGUUCUCGUUCUUUUUCCUUUUUUCUUUUGUCACCUUUCUCGACACAAGCACGUAUACAACCAUGUCCACACAAGUUCUGUUCUCGUAUCAAUACCCUGCAUCACAACACGACUGUACAGAAUGAACUACC